UAAACUCUCUCUCUCACACACAACUUACCUUCCAAAAAAAAAAAAAAGUCUUAUUACUUUUAUACUGAAGUGAGAGAGAGAAAAAAAAAAUAAAGGGGAAAGAAAACAAUGAAAUUAAGAAAGAAAGAAAAAUGCUUCUUCUCUUCUUCUUCUUCUUCUUCAUCAUCUUCUUCUUCUUCAGUUUCUACUCUAUUUUAGCUAGUUUUGAUAGUUGAAAGUAACUAAGAAGCUUCCAAUGAGUCAAUUAGUAAAGUAAAGUUUAUUAUAUGAAUAGAUAUACCACACACAAUUAUAAGUCUUUCUCUCUCUCUCUCUCUCUCUCUCUGAUAUUGAUAUUCUCCUUUGGGAAUAUGCUGAGUUAAUUUGGUCAAUAAUACCAACACCAACAACAAUUGAUAGACAACUUAAUUGGAAGCAAAAUACACUAUCAAACCAUUUUGUCUUAGUCAUACAGCUGCUUAUUAUAGCUAUAUUACAGUUCCUUUUUCGCUAGGGUUUUUUCAGAAUUUUCUGCUUGCUUUGUGGUCAAAGAAGAAGGCACCGACCAUACUUUAUAACCCUCUUGCCAUUUCUGGGCCGCAUAGAUCUGAUCAUCAGUCAAAAUAUAUCAUGAAAUUUCAGUUAAUAAGGGUUUUGUUGAUGAGGAGUGUGAAAUGGCCGAAGUUAGCUAAGCAUGGUUUAUAAUUGAUGGAUUAGUUUUUGCAAGAAGAUCAAUUAUCAGAUUACAAAGCAGAAGAAGACGAAGAACAAUCAAGAACUAUAUACUGAACGAGAACCGAAAUGGUCAGCAACAACAGCAGCAAUAGAUAAUUCUUCAGCUGAUCAUUAUCAAAUAUCAUCAACGAUCGAUCUCGCCACGAAUUAUUAAUUAAACCAAACAACCCCAUAUGGCUGAUUUAUCACUGAGAGCCAAUUACGAAGAAAACAGCAAUAACAGCAGUACAAGCGGUACUCAUGGGGUUUGGUCAUGCAGUAGUAGUAGUGGUACGGAUCAUCAUCAUCAACGAGAGCACAUGUUUGACAAAGUGGUUACGCCUAGCGAUGUUGGGAAGCUAAAUCGGUUGGUGAUUCCUAAACAACACGCCGAGAAGUACUUCCCUUUAGAUAAUUCAUCUACCACAGAAGACAGCAGCAAGGGAUUGCUCCUCAAUUUCGAGGAUCGAAACGGCAAGUCCUGGAGGUUUAGGUACUCUUACUGGAACAGUAGCCAGAGUUAUGUUAUGACUAAAGGUUGGAGUCGUUUCGUUAAGGAGAAGAAGCUUGAUGCUGGUGACAUUGUGUCGUUUGAACGAGGUGUUGGUGAUGAGUCUGCUAAAGCUCGUUUGUAUAUUGAUUGGAGGCGAAGACCUCAUCACCACCACCACCAUCAUCAUCCUCUCGGCCACCAUCAACAUCAACAGUAUCAUCAUCAUCAAUAUCAUCAUCAUGCGCUGCAGCAAUCGACCAAUCCGGGAUCCUUAAUUACACCUCUAGUACAAUUCUCAACUGAAAAUCAUCAUCAGUAUCAGUGGGGAGGUGGAGGAGGAGGAGGAGGAUUUAGCGGCCGGCGCGGUGGUGAAGGGCCUUUCUACUCGCUUCCUUCCGGAAUUUCCAUGUCCAUGCCACCACUACACCAUGAAAAUUUGCGGUAUAAUUACAAUAAUAGUAGUAUUCAAUAUCCUUAUUAUAAUAAUAAUCUUCAUCUUCAUCAUCAACAACACAACAACCAGUACUAUCACACUUCUAGUACUGCUGCUACAGGGAUCAUUAAUAGGCCGGCGAGUGGAAUUAUUAGUGAUAAUAAUAACAACAACAAUAAUAAUAAUAAUAAUAAUCAUCAUCACAUUGAUCCCGGGGUGUUUGAAUCAACGCCGACAGCUGUGAUUGGCGGCUACUACGCAGGCCAUGGGAAAUUAAGCUCUCCGCCUUCUGCUUCGUCGAAACGGCUGAGGCUUUUCGGUGUGAACAUGGAGUAUAGUCCGGAGGUGGAGGUGGAGGUGGAGGAAGUGGAAGAGUCUUUGGCGGGUGUAACAAUGGCUUCUUCUUCAUCAGUAAUUUCCAAUCAUAAUAAUAAUAAUCAUGAUCAUGAUCAUGAUCAGGUUCCAGCUGCUGCAGCUUCGUCUAAUUUGGUUCAGUACUCUCUUGAUGAUCAUCAUCACGAACACCAACAAGUAAGGCUACCAAAUCAUCAUCAUUCCCAAAUGCCAAUAAAAAUUCCACCAGAGUUUAUUUCACGGAAGGGAAAAUCUUCUUCCUUGUCUUUUGAUUUGGACCCUAAUUAAUUAGCUCGUAAGAAUUAAUUAAUGCUAUAUACGUACUACUGCUCCCAUGAAUAUGAAUAUUGAAUUACAGUACUUUUUUUUUCA